GAGAGCAUCUGCGCGCAGGCUAACGAUGUGGCCAUGGACCCUCGAGUCUGCUCCCUCUACAACGAUGUGUCUCAGCUUGUUGGCAUUGAUGGACCAAAGAAGGAACUCAUCAAAUUGUUGGAGGAGGGGGAUGGCGCAUCCGCGCAGCAGUUGAAGGUGGUAUCUAUCGUCGGAUUUGGUGGGAUGGGGAAGACAACUCUUGCCAACCAAAUCUAUCACACGUUUGGAAAGAAAUUCAAGUACCGGGCUUUUAUGUCAGUCUCGAGACAUCCUGAUAUCAUGAAGGUCUUGAGAGGUAUUCUUAGCCAACUGAGCAACCAAGGAUAUUCUAGCACUGAAGCUGGGGAUGAACGUCAACUCAUUAGCAACAUUUUAAGCUUCCUUGCAGACAAAAGGUACUUCAUUGUAAUCGAUGAUGUAUGGAGUGUAGAAGCUUGGGAAAUUAUUAGAUGUGCAAUUCUGGAAAACAAUUUUGGUAGUAGAAUAAUAAUAACAACACGCAUCAACGGAGUCGCCAAAACAUGCUCCUCUCCACUAGCAAAUCAUGUUUAUGAACUAAGGCCUCUUAGUGUUGUGCACUCAAAAGGGUUAUUCCUCAAGAGAAUAUUCAAUUCAGAAAAACAAUGUCCCCCACACCUCAGCAGAACUGCUGAUGAUAUAUUGAGAAAAUGUGGCGGUUUGCCGCUGGCUAUCAUCCCCUUUUCCGGCUUAUUGGCCAAUAAAGCUCAGACUGUGGACCAAUGGGACGAAGUGCAAAAUUCGAUCGGUUAUGCACUUCAAAGAUAUCCAAGUGUUGAAAGAAUGAUGAAGAUACUAUCUCUUAGUUACUUUGACCUUGACCACGAUCCGAAAACUUGUCUAUUGUAUCUAAGUUUAUUUCCAGAGGAUUAUCCUAUUAAGAAGAGCCGUUUGAUAAGGAGAUGGAUCGCGGAGGGAUUUAUACAAGGAAAGAGUGGGUAUACCAUGUAUGAACUUGGGGAAAGGUGCUUUAAUGAGCUCAUCAACAGGAGCUUGAUCCAGCCAUGGGGUAUAAAUCUGUGGGGAGAGGUGACAAGCUGCCGAGUUCAUGACACUGUUCUUGAGUUCAUUUUGUACAAGUCUACUGAAGAGAACUUUGUGACCAUACUUGGUAUUCCAAAUCUUACUAUUAAGCCACAGAGCAAGGUUCGUCGAUUAUCUCUCCUGCACAAGAGCAAUAGAGAAGAUAUCUUACAACCAAACUUGAAUUUUUCUCAUGUUCGGUCCCUUAGUGUUUUUCGCUGUUCAAUGGAAAUCCCUUCUCUGGUGAAGUCCAGAUUUUUGCGUGUUCUGGACUUGGAAGACUGUCGUCUGCUAGAAGGCCAUCAUCUUAACAGUAUUUGGAACUUAUUUGAACUGAAGUACCUUAGCCUCAGAGACACAACUAUAUGUGAGCUCCCAUAUCAAAUCGGUGGACUGCAGAAACUAGAAACACUGAACCUUGAAUUUACCUUGAUAACUGCAUUACCGUCAACAAUUGUUCGACUUCAGCGUUUGGUGCAUCUGCUGAUAGAUAGAGGUGUCAGGCUAUGGGAUGGAACUGGUAACAUGCAAGGAUUGGAAGAACUGAAAGUCAUUAGUUUACUUGAGCAGUCAACCAGCUUUUCUGUGGAAAUUGGUCUGCUCACAAAUAUGAGAGAUCUGAGCAUAUUUUGGGACAUUCCAAGGAGCAAAUCGAGCAGUUAUCUCAAAAAGAGAAAAAGGGAUCAGAGUUUAUUGGAAAAUUCUAAUGUGUACAUAAAUAAUGUGGUGGAUUCUAUUUGUAAGCUAGUCAAUCUUCAUUCUCUUUCUCUUGAUAUGAACUAUGGAUGCAAAGAUGUCUUGCAGGAAUCAUGGCACCCUGCUCCACAGUGCAUUCGUAAACUUGCCAUCAUGGGGGCUAUCAUAAGAAUGUUCCGAAUUGGGUUGGUUCACUUGUUAACCUCCAACAGUUAGACCUCAAGGUGAAGGAAGUUAGGCAGGAAGACAUCAGGACCUUAGGAAGCUUACCUGGUCUGCUCCAUCUCGGUCUCUGUGUUGGAAUGGAAAGGAACAACAGAUCCUACAAUGUUCAUCUCACAAUCAGCAGA